AUGGCUGUAUAUGUAUAUAAAAUUUACCUACAAGAAUUUUAUACUUCGCCAACAUAUUGCAGCAGGAAUCACAGCACACUUUCUAUGAUAGGCCAUUAGUAAGAAUAGUAUCCUAUCCCCGGCACAUUUCUUAGUUAGGACGACAGAGGUCUAAGCAAAUCCCAGCUCAUGGGCCAGAGAAAGGAUUAUGCAACAAGAGGAUUAAUUGAAGACACUGACCAUCAUUACAAGUACCAACCACUAGAAGAGCUUCUCUUGCAACAUGUGUAG